AUGGCAAACACAAGCGACCUUCGAGCAGAGAAGCUUUUCUCAGUCAAAGACUAUGUUUGUGUAGUAACCGGCGGCGGCAGUGGCAUCGGACUCAUGGCUGCGCAAGCUCUCUCGGCCAACGGCGCCAAAGUGUACAUCACAGGACGUCGCAAGGAAGUUCUCGAGAAUGCCACAAAGACACACAGCCCCAACGGAGGGGGACAGAUCAUCCCACUGGGACCGUGCGACGUCACCAAGAAAGAUGACCUCGAGCAUAUGUACCAGGAGCUGGCGUCCAAGGAGAAGUAUAUCAACUUGCUGGUUGCAUCAGCCGGUAUCAGCGGCGAGAAGGCCGAGCCAGACCAGGAGAAUGCAACGGAUCUGAAAGAGAAGCUAUGGAACAACGAGACCUUCGAGGGCUGGAAUGAGACGUACAACACCGAUGUCACAUCAGUAUACUUCACCACUGUAGCGCUUCUGCCGCUCCUUCAAGCUGGCACCGAGUCUCACGGUCAUCUCUCGGCCUCUGUCAUUGUCAUCUCCUCCAUGUCGGGUAUCAUGCGCCACGCCCAAGGCCACUUCAGCUACAACGCCGCAAAGGGUGGAACGGUCCACCUCACCAAGCUCAUGUCGGCCGAGUUUCAGAAGAUACGUGUACGCGUCAACUCGAUCGCGCCAGGCUAUUUCCCAUCCGAAAUGACAGCAAAGGAGAGCGACGAGAACCAGAAGAGUAGCGUGCCGGACGAGAAGAUCCAGGGGAAGGGCCACGUUCCUCAGCAGCGGGCAGGCCAGGACGAGGAGAUGGCACAGGCGGUGCUGUUCCUAACAAAGAACACAUACGUCAAUGGCGAGAUCAUUGCUGUCGAUGGCGGUGUUCUGAACGUGGUUGCUGGCCGUUAA